AUGAGCUAUAAUUAUGAGGCUUGCUUUUGGGAUCCAAACGACAAUGGCGUGAACAUCCUCCUGAGUCAUAUUUCUCAGGGAAUAAAGUCGUGCGAAUCAAUGAUACAUUUCUUCAAGCAGCGUAGUGAACUGGAGAAGGAUUAUGCCAGACGGCUUGGAGCCAUCACUGGGAAACUAGACAAAGAUAUGGGAACGAACGUGGAGUAUGGAAAGUUGAAUGGGGCGCUAAAUGUGGUGCUCAAUGCUGAGAAAGCCAGGGCCCAAUCGCAUUCGAAGCAAAGCGAGAUCCUUUUCAGACAAGUGUACACAGAUACAAAGGCUUUCGCCGGUAACCUGCAAGCAAGAUACACUACGUUAAGCGGUAAGAUUGAAAGAUUACGAAUGGACAAGUUUAACAAGAAAAAGGGAUGUGAGGUGCUGCAAAAGAAACUGCAGGACGCCCAGAUCAGAGCCAGAGACUUACAAUUGAAUGAGAAUAACAUGAUUGGAGCCAAGAGAGCAGAACAUAACAAGAGAGAACUAUUGAAGUGGGAGUCGAACUCACAAGAAUACCACGUCCAACUGGAUGUUUUGAAACAGGAAUAUAAGGCCUCGCAGAAAUUUUGGAUACACGAGUGGGCGCAGCUAUCGUGCGAGUUACAAGAAAUGGAGAGCGCGAGAGUAUCCUUUUUACAAUCGAAAUUACAGCAAUUUGCAGCUUCAUCGAUGGAAACAUAUAUUUUAGAACAAACAAAAAUGGACAUGUUAACCACGCACCUCAAUUCCUUUACCGCAGCAGACGAAAUAUCAACGUUUUCAAAAGAAAACGGAACUGGCAGGCUGAGACAUAAGAAUUCCAAGGGCGACAUGGCUUCCAGUUCCAAUUGGGCCCAAAUGAGCAGCACAUCCACGACAAGCAAGAAAAGUGAGUCGUAUAUGGAUAAUAUAAGAAAACUUUCCUCUCAAUUGAAGGAAACAGAAAACAGGAGAAAACUGGCUCCCGUAGCUGUAUACGAGAAACCACUGCCAUCUCCAGAAGUCGCGAUUUCGAAGCAAUUUAGAAGUUCCACUCCCGUCAUACGCAAUGAGAUAAAAUCCGUUGCUGAUCCCGCAUUGUCCUUGAGAUCUUCGCAUAUUCGAAUACAAAACACGACCACGGACGACCCCCCUACAAAAGGCGAAGCUAGUCGGUCAGGAGCAGUUCAUCAGGACAAACAUUUGAAAUCCGAUGAGCAUCUGGGGAAUUCUGACGAAGAUUUUCCAGUGGCGCCUAAAGGAGAUGGAUCAUUAACUUCACCAUCGGAAUCAAGUUCUUCUAACCCAACGGAUUUUAGUCAUAUCAAAAAGAGACAAAGUAUGGAAUCUAUGACCACAUCGGUUAGUUCAAUGGCCAAUAGUAUAGACGACUCACAAAGGUUUGCUAAAUCCUGGAACUCAACGAAUAGAAAGAGGAAAUCAAUGAGCCAUUUGCAAGUACCCACGUCGUCUUCGAGAUCCGACAAUGAAGAAAGGACCUGUGUUUCCGAGUGUGGCCGUGAAGAACGUGAUUAUGGUACAAUGAGAGAUACCAGUGCAAGCACAAUCUUGUUCAAACCUCCCGCAGCAGUGAGAGGGAUGUCUAAGGGACAUACGCAUAGAAAAUCCAUGAUAUUGCAGGAUUCAAGCAAUCCGAUUGAAGACGCAUUAUACGAAAUGGAAAGAAUCCAAAGUAGUUCCAAAGCAGGUGCGAAAACAGGAAACGUAAUGAGCGAGAGAGGCAUGGUGAGGGAUAACGGCAUCACUGUUACUUUGCCUAUUGUCACGAGUGAAGGUUUUCCAGUUAUCGAAUAUGCCAAGGCCAUGUACCCAUUGGUAGGAAAUGAGGCACCUGGACUAGCCAAUUUCCACAAGGGCGACUACAUGUUGAUCACUGAGAUCGUCAACAAAGACUGGUAUAAAGGCGAAGUCUAUGAUAACGAUCGAAUCGACAGAGACCACCGAGUCGGGUUGAUUCCCUAUAAUUUCAUACAACUACUGCAUCAAGGACCCUGA